CUGAAGGGGUCGCUGUUCUCGCGAGAGUUGGCGCAGGAUGGUGCUGAGGCGGGUGCUCUUCGCUCUCCUCAGCAACCCGCGGCUGAUCGAGAAACUCUCCGAGUCGCGGCCCAUCCGCGCCGCCGCCCGCCUGACCGCCGCCGCCAUCACCCGCGGGCAGCUCAGCGCCCGCCAGGCGACGCGGAGUUUUGCCCCGCGUUUGCUCCGCCUGCGCGACACCUUCCUCAGAGAGCUCAAGGACGGAGCCCGGGCGAAGGGCUGGCCCGGGCCCCGAGGGCCCGGUCGAGGCGGCCGACCCGGAGGAGGGCCCUGAUCGCCGCGACGAGAGGGAGGUAGCUGCGGAGCCGCGGCAGGCGCAGGAUGCCGCCAAGGAGAAGGAAACGGCCACCGCUUCCCUGCGCCGAGCGCAGGAGGACGAGUGCGUUAGAACCGGCGGGUGAACGGGCCCCGAGGCCUCGGUGACGGGCUGCUGGUGACAGCCGGACCCUAUCAGCCUCUCCUGAACCGGGCACGGUGCACUGCCGUUGGGACCCCAGCGUUACCCCCCGGCCUACGUAAUGCAGAACGUGAGCUGUGGACUGACACUGUUUUUCCAUAGCGUAUAGCCAUGAGUGGUUCCUGAGUCCAGGCAUGAAAACGUGAAGCAUGCUGCUUAUUGGUAUGAUGGACUUUCAUUUCAUAGUCAGUUUACACUUUCCACCGUACUCAAGAACAUGCAGAAGGCAGACUCACAUUAAACAUCAUCCAGAAUACUGUCAAGAUCAUCAGUUUAAGUGCUUGAUAAGAAACUCGAAAUAAAAACAAAUGUCUCACUGGA